AUGCCGCUGUGUCAACUCCGGCGCAUCAACAGCAUCUUGCAAGUUCUACCAGGAAUCCCAAGCUCGAGGACUGGUGGGGUGCCAUUCUGGAUCGACACUCUUUGCUGCCCGGCAAUAAACUCGCCUGCAAAGCGGCUUGCGAUAACUCGGAUGCGAGAAACAUAUGCCAGCGCCAACAGCACACUCGUCCUGUCUGCCGAUCUCCAGGCCAUCGCAGCCUCGCAGCUACCCACAAUCGACCUUGCAUACCUCGUCUCCCUGUCAUCCUGGGCCUCGCGUCUCUGGACGUUGCAGGAAGGCGCUCUGUCGCGUCUGGUAUACGUGAUGUUCAACGACAUUGUCCUCGACUUCAGCGAGGUGCUGGAAGACUGUCUCGGUCACCACAAAAGCACAUUCGCCCGCGGGUGGAUCAACUACGGCGACUACAUCCGCAUGUGGGCCAUCGUCCGCGGCGACGAAUUCGACGACUCAUUGCCCGCACUCGCGUCCGUCUUCUCGCUUGAGAACGCCAUGAUCGCCGUGACGCACAGGACUACAAGCGUCACCUCCGACGAAGCUCUCUGCCUUGGCAGCCUCGUGGGUGCGGACCUGGGCAGGAUCGCCGGUGCCGCGCCACCCGAACGCAUGUGGGAAUUUUGGACUAGCGUGCCGAAGAUACCGUGGACGACCGUCCUUUGGCGCCGGGAGAGAAUGGCGCAGCCCGGCCGCCGGUGGGCGCCACGCUCGCUGCUUGGCGUCACCGAUGCCGUCGAUUUCUUCUCCGACCGCGCCGCAGGCGGGGAGUGCACUCCAGAGGGCUUGGUGGUGGAGGCGCCGGGCAUGAUCUUGCAGAGCCUUGUUCCACCGUUCCGGACGGACAUAUAUUUCAGGCUUUACGUGGAGGAUUGCAAUGGACGAGAGCAGUACUGCUUCUACAAAGAAUGCGUUGGAGAGAGAGCGGAUGCGGCACGGUUCGCCGUUCCCAAUGGGGAGUUCAGCCAGAUCGCCAUUGUGGCGGAUGAUACAUCUGUCACGGGUACAAAAAACUUCACGAUGCUUUUCAUCUAUAAGGUUGAAGGUGACAUAACUUUCGCGCGACGGGGGGACGCUGGUUAUGUGCAAAAGAAGUCCUCCUCAUUGGCCUCGACUUUUGCAGACACGGAGAAGGAGCUGCAAUCACGGAGAGAUGACCCAACCGUCGCUGAGGGUGAUGAGUAUCUCAGGGAAAUGGAAGGUCACAUUGUGUAUUUUGCAGCCAGAGGAAAAUGGGACGAAGAGCCACGAAAGUGGUGUAUCGACUAG